AUGAAAGAAUACAACGUCAGGCGACAUAACGACAAUAAGCAUAAAGCAAAAUUUGAAAACUUAACUGGUGAAUUAAGACAAAACAAAAUAAAACAUUUUUUAACAUCUCUUAGUAGCCAGCAAAAUAUUUUCAAAUCCCAAAAUACACGUAACGAAGCGUCUGUACGAGCAAGUUAUGUAGUUGCUGAAAUGUUGGCAAAAAACAAUCGCCCUUUUACUGACAUUGAGUUUUUUGAAAAGUGCAUGUUAGCUGUAACGAAUGAAGUAUGUCCAGAAAAAAUAAAACUAUUUGAAGAAAUUAGUCUUUCGACUCGAACGUGUGUGAGGCGAACUGAGGAAUUGGGAAAUAAUUUAUUUUCCCAAUUAAAAGAUAUCAUACCGUCAUUAGACUGUUUUUCGAUAGCUAUUGAUGAGAGCACAGAUAUUUCUGACACAGCUCAACUUUUAAUAUUUAUACGUGGUAUAGACAAGGAGUUUAAUAUUUAUGAAGAGUUAGCAGAUAUGUGUAGUAUAAAAGGCACUACAACAGGUGAAGAUAUAUUUAAAAAUAUAGAAAAUUCAUUCGAAAAAUUAGGGCUUUCGUUGAAAAAAUUAAUAAGUAUUACUACUGACGGAGGAAAAAAUAUGAGUGACAUACAUAAAGGUUUUUUUGGGAGAAUUAAGACUAAAAUGAUUGACAAUAAAUUUGAACUGCUCAUGGUUUUUCAUUGUAUUAUACACCAAGAGACACUAUGUUGCAAAGUCUUGGCUUGGAAAAAUGUCAUGGAUACAGUUAUAUCAACCAUAAACUAUAUGCGAAAAAAUGGGUUGGCUCAUCGACAAUUCCAACAGUUUUUGGAAGAAAUUGAAGCUGAAUAUGGUGAUGUUAUUUAUUUUACGGAAGUUCGUUGGUUAAGUAGGGGUGCAGCUUUAAAACGUUUUUUUACUCUUAGAGAGGAAAUAAAUAUAUUUAUGAAUGAAAAAGACAAAAAUGUUCCCCAAUUAUCGGAUAAAAAAUGGAUACUCGACCUUGCCUUUUUAACUGACAUGACCACAUUUUUAAAUGAAUUAAAUGUAAAAUUACAAGGGAAAGAAAAACUAUUACCGGAUAUGUACUCUGAUAUAAAAUCAUUUACGAACCCGUUUGUAGUUGAUAUUGAUGACGUUGAAAGCUGUUUACAAAUGGAAAUUAUUGAGUUGCAAAGUGACGAAUGUCUUAAAACCGCUUUUCGUGAUUGUAAUAAUUUAAUUCAGUUUUAUCCGAGUCUUUGUGAAACAAAAUUUAGCAAAAUAAAAUAUUUUGCUAAAAAAAUGUUGACCAUAUUUGGGAGCACUUAUAUUUGUGAACAAACUUUUUCCCUAAUGAAAUAUCGGAAAAGCAAAUAUGCUUCGCGAUUAACCGAUGGUCACUUAAACGCUGUAUUGAGAAUUUCUACACCGAAAAUAAAACCGGCUAUCAAUACACUUGUUGAUGCUAUUCAAACUCAAAAAUCACAUUAA